AUUUGUUUGAAGCAUAAUCCAUCAUUCACAAACAGAUUAUUAAUCCUUCUUUGGGGGUAUAUUUUUCAAGCAAAUUUCUGGACUCGUCAUGGAUAAGAGCAAGCAAUUGGGAUCAUGGGGAGGAAAUGGAGGAGAUGAAUGGGAAGAUGGAGCACACAAUGGAGUUAGAGAAAUAACUCUAGUAUACGGAAGCUGCAUCGACUCAAUCCGUGUAACAUAUGAUAACAAUGGUAAACCCUUUCUCGCUGAAAAACAUGGUGGCUUUGGUGGAACGAAAUCAGCUCAGAUUAAGCUGCAAUUUCCUGAGGAGAUCUUAGUAAGUGUUAGUGGGCACUAUUGUCGUGUGGUCUAUGGAGGUAAUCCGGUUAUUCGAUCGCUCACUUUCAAGACCAACAAAAGAACACUUGGGCCAUUUGGGGUCGAAGAAGGAACGCCCUUUAAUUUCUCAACAAAUGGAGGCCGCAUUGUAGGUUUUUAUGGGCGAAGCGGGUGGUUUCUAGAUUCACUUGGGUUCUACUUAUCAAGGCCAAAACCAAGCCUAGGCCAAAGAGUAUGGGCUAUGUUUAAAAGGUUUUGAACCCUCUUUCUAUUAAAGAUGGUGAAAAUUGAAAACCAUUGGGGGCAUAUGAGUACCAUAGCUAGUCUUAAACCAAAAUAAAUUGUUUGUGUACUUUGUUAUUGAUCAAACAUAAGAAAAAUUGAUUAUAAUGA